AUGAGCAUCAUUGAUGACUACUCUAGGAAGGUGUGGGUUUUCUUAUUGAAAAGCAAUGAUCUGGCUUUUGAGACCUUUGUUGACUGGAAGAUAUUGAUUGAAAAUAAAACUAGUAGGAAGAUAAAGAAACUCAGAACUGAUAAUGGGUUAGAAUUCUGCUCUGAUAUGUUUGCAAGUUAUUGUAGGAAAGAAGGCAUUGUCAGGCAUCACACAGUGGUCAAGAACCCUCAGCAAAAUGGCCUUGCUGAGAGAAUGAACAGAACCCUGUUGGAAAGGGUAAGGUGCAUGCUCAUAGGAGCUGGUUUGGCCAAGCAUUUUUGGGGUGAAGCUCUAAAAACUGCUUGCUAUUUGAUAAAUAGAUGUCCCUCUACAGCAUUAAACUUCAAAACUCCUCAAGAAUUCUGGACUGGCAAAGCACCUAGCUAUGAACAUCUCAAAGUCUUUGGUUGCACUGCCUAUGCUCACAUCAGGCAAGACAAGCUGCAACCAAGAGCACUUAAAUGCUUAUUUCUUGGCUACCUUGAUGGAAUCAAGGGCUACAAACUCUGGUGUUUGGAGGAAGGGUACAAGAAAUGCAUAAUAAGCAGAGAUGCCAUCUUUAGAGAAGAUGAAAUGCCAUUGAAAACCACCAGAGAAAUCCCCAUGAGCUCAGAUGUUGUUCCUAGGAGUGUUCAAGUGGAACUUGAACAAAGAACUGAGUCUCUGAAUCAAGCUUCCACAGAUCAGAAAAAAGAAACUGAGACAACAAGCAACCUAGAUGACUACCAACUUGCCAAGGAUAGAACUAGGAGAGAAAUCAGGGCACCUGAGAAGUUUGGCUAUGCUGAUUUUUCAGCAUAUGCUCUGUCUGUCACAGAUGGAGUUGACAACACAAAGGCCCAAAUCCUAUCAAGAAGCAAGAAUCGCAAAGAUGUGACAAAAGGUUGGCCAAUAAGGCAGUUGGAUGUUAACAAUGCCUUUUUAAAUGGAGACCUACAUGAGGAGAUUUACAUGGUUCAACCGCCUGGAUGCAUUGAUCCAAAACAUCCAAACAAGAUCACCAAUUCAAGCUGGCUUUAUAUUCUUGUAUACGUGGAUGAUAUCUUGAUUACUGGUUCUGAUAGUCCUCAAGUGUCUUCCCUAAUUGUAGCACUCAGUUCCAACUUUACACUUAAAGACCUUGGUCUCAUCUCCUUUUUCUUGGGAAUACAAGUGCUUCCCACUACUGAAGGUGUCGUCUUAUCUCAACAAAAAUAUAUUCAGGAUCUAAUAUGUAAAGCUGAACUCCAAGGUGCCAAACCACAAAGUACCCCAAUGAAUAGUGGGCUGAGAUUGUCCAAUUAUGGCAGCGACCCUGUUGAAGAUCCUUCUGCAUAUAGGUCAUUGAAUCCUUUUCAAUCACACGUUGUUGCUGUCAAAAGAAUUAUCUGUUAUCUUGCUGGCACAACAGACUACGGUCUUCAUAUCAAAAGAUCUCCACACUUGCGUCUUGAAGCAUACUGUGAUGCUGACUGGGCCGCUGAUCCCGAUGAUCGACGCUCGACUACUGGCUACUGCAUUUUCUGGGGUGAAAAUCUGAUUAGUUGGCAGUCCAAGAAACAGAACACUAUCUCUCGAUCAUCCACAGAAGCUGAAUUUCGAAGCCUUGCUUCUGUGGUGACUGAAAUAAGUUGGCUCAAUGCUCACUGA